AUGUUCAAACUGUUCGUAUUGGCUUGCAUGUUGGCGCUGGUGGCUGCUGAUCCCAAGCCCAAGCCUGGAGUGUUCUACAGUGCAUACACAGCGCCCGUGGCAGCGGCGUACACAGCGCCCGUCGCAGCCGCCUACACAGCGCCGUUCGCCUACUCCGCAUACACCGCUCCCGUAGCUGCUUACUCCGCUUAUACCUACGCCUCGCCUUACUCUACCUAUUUACUGCGUUGA